UGCGGUGCCAUUUUCUUUGUUUAAAUUCAAAACAGAGCAGCCAUUUUUGAUUUGGAUCUGAAGAGAUUCAAGUAUUUGUUUUUGAUAAAGUCUUUCAAGAGAAGAAUUUAGUGAAUGAAGAGUGAUCAGCAGUUGAAUUUGCCGGCUGGGUUCAGGUUCCAUCCGACCGACGAUGAGCUUGUGGUUCAUUAUCUCUGCCGGAAAUGCGCCGGCCAGCCGAUUACUGCUCCUAUUAUAGCCGAGAUUGAUCUUUAUAAGUUUGAUCCAUGGGAUCUUCCUGCUAUGGCUCUGUAUGGUGAAAAAGAGUGGUACUUCUUUUCUCCAAGAGACAGGAAGUACCCGAAUGGAUCCAGGCCUAACCGGGCAGCAGGAACUGGGUACUGGAAAGCCACCGGAGCCGAUAAGCCGGUGGGGAAGCCGAAAACUUUGGGAAUAAAGAAGGCUCUGGUGUUCUAUGCCGGUAAAGCUCCAACGGGAGUCAAAACUAAUUGGAUUAUGCAUGAGUAUCGCCUAGCUAAUGUGGACCGGUCUGCUGGCAAGAGAAACAAUUUAAGGCUUGAUGAUUGGGUGUUGUGUCGAAUAUACAACAAGAAAGGCACUCUCGAGAAGCAUUACAAUGUGGAUCAGAAGGCGGUGGAAUUUUCAGACAGCGAAGAACAGAAACCGAACGUGGACUCCUUGCGAUAUAAUGUAGAGGAAUCAGCUCAACAGGUUCAGCUACCGCAGCCCAUGGCGCCGCAGAUGCUGAAUGACUAUAUGCAUUUCGACUCGUCUGAAUCAGUUCCGAAAUUGCAUACUGAUUCAAGUAGCUCCGAGCACGUGUUAUCGCCCGAGGUCGAAAGUGCAGCACCUAAAUGGAGUGAGUUUGAACAAUCCCUUGAUAAUCAGCUCAAUUACUUGGAUGGCUUUCAAGAUGAACCUUUCAGCACCCAACUGCAGUUUAUUGAUCAGCUCUGUCUGUUUCAAGAUAUGUCCAUGUAUAUGCAGAAGCCAUUUUAGUUUCAUUUGGUCAACAUUAUAGUAGAUUAUUAGCUUUAGGUAACCAUGUAAAUCCAAAUCCAUUCCCCCACCCCGCCACCACCCCAAAGUAAGGACUGGAAAAUCUUGGAUGCUGUGCACGUGGAUGUUAGUUAAUACAAAGGAGGAAGAAAAUCAGCUAGUCAAAUUUGAUGUGCUUGAUAAAGAUGGUCAGAGUCAAAGGAGGAAACCAGAGGUUCAAUCCGUUUGAUGAUGGCAACUUGAUCAUGAUCUAUAGGCGGCUAUGCAUCAACGAUAGUAGGGUAGGUUAUUCUGGCAUGUUUAGAAUGCAGUACUCGAUUUUUUUGUUCUUUGUCUUGCAUGAUUAAAAUACAGUAUUCUUAUGUGGAACAAGAGAAUAUGAUUUGUUAUAUCAAACUUCUUUGUAGUUAUGCCAAGAUUUUAUAUUAGUCCAAGAUCAAGAUUUGUCACUA